AUGGACGACGAAACCAAGGCGAACCGCCUCCGCCGGCGGCGCGAGUACCGCAAGCUCGACGCCGCCGGGCUCCAGUACCUCCGCGACCGCGUCGGCCACCCGUCGCCGCGCCUGACGUGGCAAGACGCGAGCCUCCCGACGGACCCCGCGACGCGUCUUGAGGCCAUGGAGUGGAUCACGCACCGCUUGUUCCACAACAUUGACGGGCUCAUGGCGGCGUCGGGCUUGCCGUUCACACUCGACAACUACCAGUGCACGACCGUGAGCCAGCUCGACGACACGUAUCGCAUCCAAGGCUGCUCGGUCCGCUAUGUGCAUGCCGACGUGAGCGCAACGGCGGCUUGCCUCGAGCAAUUUGCCAAGGACUUUCCACCCUACUUGGAGGCGCGGUGCCUCACCGAGACGGACAAUGUGCUUUACACGCGGUACCUCUCGCCGUACGGGCUCACGGUGCAUUUGCCGUUCAUCCAGAACGUCCUCCAGCGCCAUUACUUUGAUGGACGCCGGUACGUCUCGUUCCGACACUGCAUCACCGACGACGAGGCGCUCCCUGCCGACGACCUUGUCUGUGGCUGGACCGAGUG